AUGAAGGCCGCAGUAAUUAUUUUGCUGGUGAGCUCCACUCUUGCUGCUCCCACUCGAACCAUUGCAACCCGUCAACUCGACGGACUCGACGGCACUGGAACAAGCAGCGGACUUGGAGCCCUGAUCUCGGGCCUCAGCAGCAUCCCCGGUCUGAGCGGCUCCUCGGGAAGCGGGUUCAGCCUUCCCAGUACAAUUCCCGGUCUCUCUGGACUAUCUGGCCUUUCAGAUUUGACUGGAUCAGACGAGAGUGGUAGCUCUGGUCUCAGUGGAUUCAAGCGCCAGCUCACUGGGUCAACUAAAAAUGGUGUGACUGACAACACCGGUUGCGAGGAAUUGACUUUGAUCUUCGCUCGUGGAACUGACGAGCUUGGUAACAUGGGUACGGUUGUCGGCCCUCCGCUUGCAACGGCGCUCGCCUCCCUGACAAAAAACAACGUCACUGUUCAGGGCGUGAACUACGACGCAUCCGUCGCGGGUGAUACUACCCUCGGUGAGGAUGGCGGUUCUGACAUAGCCAGUCUCGUCAAGCAAUCUAUCAAGCAGUGCCCUGACUCGAAGGUCGUGAUCGCCGGAUACUCCGAAGGUGCCAUGGUUGUCCACAACGCUGCCAACAGUCUUUCCGCUGACCAGGUCUAUGGUGCCGUGCUGUUCGGUGACCCCUUAAAGAUGGAGAGCGUUGGUCAGCUUGCCAGCAGUAAGGUCAAGGAAUUCUGUGCCACUGGCGACCCGGUUUGUGAGAACGGAGCCGAUGUCAUGGCCCAUCUUUCCUAUGGAAGCGAUGCCAAGGAGGCCGCGCAGUUCCUUGUAGAGGCUGCUGGUCUUUCUAGCUCGUAA